AUGUCAGACUCAGAUAAACAACAAAGGGACGGUAAGGACUCCGAUUCCUUGUCGUCAUUCAGUGACAAGCACUCUCUUGGUACUGCUAUCAUCGCUGAAAAGUCGUUUGGUAUUAGAAGAGAGGAGCUUUUGACGCUGCAGCUAUCCAACAAAGCGUUUUUGUGCACGUACAUUUUCUCCAUCUUGGUGGGAAUGUUCACAAGUGUCAUUGAAACCAGAUGUGUCAACGUUUUCGUUAGUUAUGCAACAAAUUCCUACAAACAGCACUCUCUUUUGAGUACAAUCGGUAUUGUGAGAGCAGUUAUCGCUGCCGCUGCCUUGCCUGCUUUCGCCAGACUGUCGGAUUUGUUUGGUCGUACCCCAUUAUUCUUGUUUGCCUUGGUGUUGAGAAUCGUGGGUUUGAUUAUCAUGUCCCAGGCCACUAACGUCAAUAAAUACGCUGGAGGUAUGGUUCUUUACUCCAUUGGUUUUGCUGGCAACAGAAUCUUGUUUCAGUUCAACUUGCAAGAUGCUUCCACCUUGAGAUAUAGAUUAUUAUCCAUUGCCAUGUUGAACGCUCCCGUCAUCAUCACCACCUGGGCCAGUGGUCCAAUUGUGACCAGUUUGCUUAAUGACCGCAGCUGGAAGUUCGGAAUUGCAAUGUGGGCGUUUGUUUCACCCUUGGCAAUUUUGCCUUACUUAUUCUGCCAGGCAUAUAUGUACUGGAAGGCACGUCAAAUGCCUCAAUGGAAACAAUUGAACGAGGAGAGGGCCCUGGCUAACCAGGGAAAGACUCUCAGUUCUCGUUUCAUCGCCAAAAGCAAGCUAGUGUUCUGGAAGAUUGAUUUCAUUGGUUGUUUGCUUAUUAUUUUAUUCUUGGGAUUCAUUUUGGUGCCAUUGACUUUGGCUGGUGGUAAGCUGAAGCAGUGGAAGACGGCAAAAAUCAUUGCUCCACUUGUCAUCGGUUUUUGUACCCUUCCAGUACUCUGGAUCUGGGAAGCCAAAUUUGCUAGACACCCAUUGGUUCCUGUGGUGUUGUUGAAGGACAGAGGUAUCUGGUCUGCUUUCAGCAUUGGUAUUGUCUACUCUUUUGUAUACAACAUGCCAACCUCCUACUCUUAUCCUGUCUUGUUGGUGGGUAUGAAUGCUGAUACCACCGUUGCUACUCGUACUCCACAGUUGGCUGGUUUUGUUAACUCAAUUGCUUUGAUUGUUCUUGGUUUCGUUUUGACCAAAUUUAGAAGAGUCAAAGGUUUCGUUGUGUUUGGAGCACUUGAAUGGUUCAUCGCUUUAGGUCUUUUUGUGCACUUCAGAGGUGACAACAACGGUAUCGAUGGUAAGUACUUCCGUGAUGGAGUGGCCGUGGCAAUGUGUAUGCUUGGUUUUGGUCUUACCUUUUUGAACAGACCAGUAUCUGUUUCUGCUCAGACUUGCACCAACCACGAGUACAUGGCUUUAGUCACUUCAUUGUUUGCUUCUCUUUACCAGGCUGGUUCUGCAAUUGGAGACUGUAUUUCUGGAGCCAUUUGGACACAAACCAUGUUUGACGAGAUCAGAAAGAAGAUGAUACAGCUUGGUGUGAACCCUAACUUGGCUACCUCUGCUUACGGAUCGCCAUAUACCUUCAUCAAGAAGUACCAUUGGGGAUCCACAGAGAGAAUUGCUGUUGUUUUGGCUUACGCUAAGGUCCAAAGGAACUUGUGUAUUGUUGGUCUUUGUCUCUGUGUACCAUUGUUGUUACUUACGUUGUGUCUUAGAGACCAUUACCUUGCUGACUACCAAUCUUUGGAUGAGGUUGUUGACGGUAGCAAGGGACCAGGAAAGGCCGAGGGCCAGAUUCUUUUCAAGAACGAUGAUGAUAUGAUCUUGAACUUCCUCAGAAGGUGUGUUGGAAUGCACAACACCAAGAGGGCCGCCAACACUGACCUGAGUGCUUAG